UCGAGGCAGCCAUGACCAGAAGGUCGGUAGAGAGUAUCUCUCCCCUCUCUCCCUGUUCGUAAAUAUCUGGUUGGCUCCUUCCUCUCUCUGCUCUUUGACUUCAUUAGGGUUUUAUCGUUGACGCUCUCUUCCAGUCUCGGUUCUCCACCAAACUUAUCCAACUGCCCCUGUCGCGUCCAGCAAGGAUCAUUUCCAGCUCUUCCCUUUACGAUCGAAUCGUGUUAUAAUGGACUCCGAUUCCUGGAUUUCUGCCCGUCUCUCAGCUGCCUCACGCCGCUAUCAAUCUCGAUCUGAUCUGUACCUUGGUGGAUACGAUGAUAUGGAGGGAGACGAUGAUUCACGGGCGGAGUUUCUCUGUCCUUUCUGUGCCGAGGAUUAUGACGUAGUUGGGCUUUGCUGUCACAUUGAUGAGGAGCAUCCUGUGGAAGCUAAGAACGGGGUAUGUCCAGUUUGUGGGAAAAAGGUUGGAAUGGAUCUUGUUGGCCAUAUUACCAUGCAACAUGGGAAUUUUUUGAAGGUGCAGCGCAAGAGAAGAUCGAGGAAAGGAGGCUCUAGUUCAACACUUCAACUAUUGAAAAGAGAAUUACGAGAAGGAACCUUGCAAUCCCUUUUUGGAGGUUCUGCAUAUGCAGCUUCCUCCACUUCUGAGCCUGAUCCUCUGCUUUCAUCGUUUAUUUAUAACCCAGUUGCUGCGGAUGAGCCUGUUAGCUCACAACCUUGUCCAUCAGUUGAAACUACCCUGGUGAAGGAAAGCUCCAAAGAUGAUUUCUUGGAAAGAAAAUCCCAAGAGUUGCAGCUGUCAGACAAGGAUAAACAAGAGAAAACUCGGAGGUUCGAGUUCGUGCAAGGGCUAUUGAUGUCUACUAUUCUGAAUGAUGACUUAUGAUUGGAAUUGCAGCUGGUAAAGCCAUUACUGGAGUAGGAACAUGAUCUCUAUAAACACGAAGGAAGGAGUUCAUUCAGAUUGUUACGGAAUGGUCGUAGCUAGAUCCGAAGGAAGUGUAUGUAUCUACUAUCUAGUUUGUGUUUUAUAAAACAAAAAUGGAAGCAACCUUUAUAAUUCUGCCGGUGUUCUUAUGGCUAUGCUAGUUCCUCUUAGGAAAUCGCAAUAAAAUUUAUGUGUGAUGACCAUGGGCGCUUAAAAUUA